AUGCCAAAAUCAAAGGAACACAAGGUUGCAGCGCAACCCACGCCAUCAACUACAGCUACCAGCAAAUUGGCAGCCAAAGAUGAAGCCGUCGAUCCUGCGCUGGCGUCUCUAUUUGCUUCAAGCUCCGGGCCAGUUAAGGUACAGCCAAGGGCUUUGAAAUCAGCGAAAACUGCUCCUUCACAGGUACAGCCUAAACUCGACGACGACGAAACAUCCUCUUCUGGCUCUGAUUCCUCCGAAGAAAAUGACGAUGAGAAUGACCUGGAAGUUCCAGACGAGCCCACUGAAGAAGAGACUUCGACACCUGAGCAGGAAGCCAAGACUGCGGCCGAGAAGCCUCGCAAGCGCAAACGUGCCGCCGAUGGGGACGAUCUGGAGCAAGCAUAUUUCAAGCGGCUGGAGUUAGAAGAGGACAGGGAAAACCGCAAGAGAGAACCGAAGGAGAAGGUUGACGACAACGGCGAAGGAACCUCGAGCGAAGACGAUGCAUACGCUUCCGACUCUGACGAUGGCAGUUCACUCAGCGAACCCUCCUCGGUCGAGAUUCUCCACAAACACGAGACCUUUGACAACAAGCUGAAGGAUCAAGACAAAUUGAACAGAACCGUAUUCCUGGGGAAUGUAUCCACCCAAGCUAUCAAGACCAAGGCCGCAAAGAGAGCAUUGUUCAAAUACCUACGCUCCGUACUGAAGAGGGACCCCCUUAGUGGAAAGAGACCAGGGAAGCUCCUGUCAGUGCGUUUCCGCUCUACGGCCUAUGCGUCAGGCCAGGGCCCGAAGAAAGCCACAUACGCCAAAAAGGAACUCAUGGACGCAACCACGGUCAGCACAAACGCCUACGCAGUCUUCUCUACCGCUGUUGCCGCAGAGCUCGUGGCAGAGAAACUCAAUGGCACUGUUGUCCUUGAUCGCCACAUGAGAGUCGAUUACCUCGCCAAACCCUCGCCGAUUGACCACAAACGUUGCGUCUUCAUCGGGAACUUGAGUUUCGUCAACGAAGAGGCGCCACCUUCCGGUGAUGGCGCAGAUGGCGAGGAAGGUAACCGGCGGCCGAGAGCCAAGGAGCCCGCAGACGCAGAGGAAGGCCUGUGGCGGACGUUCAGCAAAGUCGGGGAGGUCGAAAGCGUGCGUGUGGUGCGAGACCAAGAGACGCGCGUGGGCAAGGGAUUCGCCUACGUCCAAUUCAAGGACGAGAACAGCGUCGAGGCCGCCCUGCUCAUGAACGACAAGAAGUUCCCGCCCAUGCUUCCCAGAAAACUUCGUGUCAUGCGCGCCAGGAAGAUGAAGAUCAAGCCUCAUACCAUCUCCGCAAGAGGGAAACCUGCUGGCGAUAGGAGGGAUCAGAGGCAGCAACAGCCAUUGAUUUUCGAAGGCCACCGUGCUACAGGGGGCGAGUUGGGCGGCGGCAGUUCAAAGAAGAACCGCGAUCGGAAGAGGAAAGCACCAAACUCAAAGGCUGCGCAGAGAAGUGCCCAAUAUAGGGCGGCGAAGGCGAGGAAACAAAAAUUAGAAUGGAGACUGCCAUAA